GGUACUCCUAGAACGGGCACGCCUGCCUGCCGCACUUAAAAUUCUCCAUCGUCGGACGCGAGAGGAGGCGAUUCGUGAGCUCUGGGAACACUAUGGACCGGCCCGACAAUUUCCUCGGCUAAACACUUCAUCGUCGUUUAUUUUAUUUAUCAAUUUUUCGAUGAAAGUCGGUUGAUCAAGUGCAAUGAUUUCGACGGUGGCUCGAAAUUUGAAGGCGGGCAAGGCCGCAGAUUAUGAGGACUUGGACGCUAACUACAACAAUCGCGGCCCGCCGGACAUCAUCGAAAUGCAGUCCUCAGUGACUGUGGUUCCAGAUGAAUCAUAUACGGUUGGGGCGGCGGUGAACGCGUUUGGCUUUGGCAAAUUCCAGGUCAAGUUGUCUCUGUUCACCGGCCUGUGCUGGAUGGCCGACAGCAUGGAGAUGACCAUUCUCAGCAUCCUCUCGCCGGCCCUGCACUGCGAUUGGAAGAUUACGCAGUACCAACAAGCGCUCACUACAACGGUGGUGUUUCUGGGCAUGAUGGUGAGUUCCACGUUCUGGGGCGUGCUGAGCGACCGGUACGGCCGCAAACAGGCGCUCACCCUGUGCUCGGUGUUGCUUUUCUACUUUGCCCUGAUGAGUUCGUUCGCGCCCACCUUUGGCUGGAUCCUGCUGCUGCGAGGCCUCGUCGGCUUCGCCAUCGGCUGCGUCCCUCAAUCAGUGACCUUGUACGCCGAGUUUCUGCCCACCAAGCAGCGCGCAAAGUGCGUCGUUCUGCUCGACUGUUUCUGGGCACUGGGCGCGUGUUUCGAGGUGUUGCUGGCGUUGUUCGUGAUGCCCACGCUGGGUUGGAAGUGGCUGCUCGGACUUUCCACGAUUCCGCUGUUUGCCUUCGCUUGUGCUUGUCCCUGGUUGCCUGAGAGCGCGAGGUACCACGUGGCCAGCGGGCAGACGGAGCAGGCUGAAGCCACCCUGCGGAAAAUCGCGCGAGACAAUGGAAAACCGAUGUUGAUGGGCCGACUGGUGCUCGAGGACGGCCAGAUGUCCAUGAGGGGUCGGGUCAAGGACCUUCUCAGUCCCGAGUUCAGAAAGACGUCGUUGCUCCUCUGGACGAUAUGGAUUGCGACGGCGUUUUGCUACUACGGGGUGGUGUUGAUGACAACGGAGCUGUUCGAAGACAAGGCGCCGUGUCACGGGCCCGGUCCGUGCGCCUCCGAGUGCAAACGACUCUCGGCCUCGGAUUACAUGGACCUUCUGUGGACCACCCUGGCCGAGUUUCCCGGCAUAUUCGCCACCAUUUUUGUGAUAGAGCGGUUCGGACGCAAAAAGACGAUCGCCGCCCAGUUUCUAGUUUACACAGUCUCCAUGGUUCUUCUUCAACUCAGCAUGGAUAACCGCGCUUAUUUGACCGGAAUGUUGUUUGUUUCACGCGGCAUUGUUGCCGGAAUCUUCCAAGCUGCCUACGUUUACACUCCUGAGGUGUACCCGACUCCUUUGAGGGCCGUCGGGGUCGGAACGUGCAGUGCGAUGGCGCGCCUGGGGGCCAUGGUGACGCCGUAUGUGGCGCAGGUGCUGCUGAAAACGUCCACCUCGUGGGCCAUCACCGUGUACGCGGCGGCCGCAAUUCUCGCGGCGACGGCGGCACUUUUCCUGCCCUACGAGACCAAGGGCGUCGAAAUGAAAGAAACCAUGAACUCGCAACGCAAGUGAGCAAAUCAGUGAUUGACACUUAAGACUUUCGCACAAGUGCAAAACACGAAAAUGAUAAUAUUGUGAAUAUUUUUUAAUAAUGUAUCAAGCAAUCGAAAUUGCUGAGGACACGCUUUAUUGUAAAUUUUAAUAAAAAAAAGUAAUAUUAU